GACGGCUCCUCUCCGGUCUUUCUCCCUCACCGUCUCACGCUCACGCUGUCACUCUGCGUCUCUUUCCCAGUCUCUCGUCUCCCGUCGUCUCUUCUCUCGUCUCUCUCGCUGCCGUCCUCGCCUCGCCGUCUCUUGGUUUCGUCCAGAAGAACCACUUAUAGAUUUAGAUUUACGGGGUACCAGUUUUGAUAGCCUGCUUGUUCUGUUCUCACCUCUUCAUCAAUGGCUCGCCAUUUGUGCCCUUCAGUAAAAAACAUUCUUCUUCUAGAUUCCGAAGGGAAGCGUGUAGCAGUCAAGUAUUACUCAGAUGAUUGGCCUACAAAUAGUUCAAAAUUAGCUUUUGAGAAAUCUGUGUUUACUAAGACUCUGAAGUCCAAUGCUCGGGUAGAAGCGGAGAUAUCUAUGUUCGAGAACAACAUUGUUAUCUACAAGUUUGUCCAGGACCUUCACUUCUUUGUGACUGGAGGUGACGAAGAAAAUGAACUCAUCUUAGCCACAGUUCUUCAGGGAUUCUUUGAUGCAGUUGCCCUUCUCUUGAGGAGCAAUGUUGACAAAAGGGAGGCACUUGAGAACUUGGAUCUCAUUCUUUUAUGCCUUGAUGAGAUUGUUGAUGGAGGGAUCGUACUUGAAACAGAUGCCAGCAUUAUUGCAGGAAAAGUGGCUACCCAUAGCAUGGAUGCUGAAGCACCAUUGUCUGAGCAAACUAUUACUCAAGCAUGGGCUACAGCACGUGAACAUUUGACAAGAACCCUUCUUAGUUGAGUAAUGCCUACACCUAGAGAAAAUGAGUUGGAUUAUUUUGGUUGUUUACAUUUUUUCGUCUGCCGCUUAAAAAUUCACUUCUUUUUCUCUGUUUAGCUAAUGAAGAUUAGCAUAUCACUCGUUGGGCUUUCUUAUGGACUCUUUUUUCUCCUUCUCUAGUCAAUCUUUUCUUUAUAUCUUAAAUAACAAGUUGUGUUAUGUAUUUUGUUAUUUGCCUAUGGUGUGGCAUGAUGUAAUGAAUAAUGAUUAAUUUAA